AUGUUGUUUUUCCUCGCUUCCACAGCUGUUCUUGGCCACCUUCAAAAGCGCACACUCAAACAUCAAAGUACUCUCACCAUGUCCGACCAUCCUCUCGACCAAUUGAAUCCUCACACCUCUUGCAGCAACAGCGCUAGCAGCACCGUUCGCAUCAGGAAGCGUGACAAGUUACACCAGUCCUGGGAUUCCCUCAAGUCCAAGUUCAAGGAAGUCAAACCCAAGACCUCGAACCAGUCGCUUCACUCUCAACCUGCUUCACAGCAGUCCACCCAACCUCCCUCUGUUGUCUCCCAAGCCAACAACUUACCUUCAGGUGAUAACCAUUCCGCUCCUCCCAGCGCCGCGCAGAAGAAGGCGCUCUCAGCACCCCUUUACGCACCGCGUGCUCUUGAGGACAUCUUUGACGAGAAUGUCCCCAAGACCACCAUAAAGCCUGAGUUGCCCCACCUUCAGCAACGCAUCAAGAUGACACAGCAAUUGGUUUACUGCAACACCUUGCUUCUUCGAAAUACAUUGUCUCCAGCCGCUGCAGCUACAGGAGAAGAUGCGGACAACGGUGGUCCCCUCGUACUUCAGGAACCCACCCUCGACAAGACAGAGCUCGAAUGGUUGGAGACGACAAAGAAGGAUCCGAUGGAAGCAGAUCGCCUGCGUUGGCUGGCCACUCAGGUGGUGGAACUGUUUGUCACCGAUGCCAACAAGGACUUCACCAAGAUCGCCGAGAUCGUCGCCCUUGGACCUGUCUUGGAGAAGGAGCACUACCGCAAGCUGCUCUCGACAUUCAUCAAGGAGUUCGACGAUGCUCGAAUCCUGGACGUUGAUAUACUUCAGGGACUUGUUCAGUUGGUGCAAGAUGCUUCUCUUGGCUACCUUGUCUCCGAUGACUUCGUCAGGAUUCUUGGUAUACUCAGGGUCCACCUGCAAGGCACUCACCAACAGUCGACCGGGCAUUCCUACCACCUUACUCUAGCUGUCUCGAGGAUCCUUGAUGUCAUGGCCGAUCACAAGGUGCAGGAUCUGGAUCAUGUCCUCGAGCAUGAGCCAUUGUCGGGAGUCUUGUCGGGACUGAAGGAUAGCUCGGACCCUUACCUGAUGUAUCAGGCCUGCUAUGCCUUCCAGGCUCUCCAGUAUGUGCCUGAUGACGAGAGCGCUCUUCAAGCUGUGUGGAGGCACUCGACCGGUGUGAUUGACGGCCUAGUAAAGAUCACUGCCGUCUUCAAGCUGGACCUAGCGUCGGUUCUCGAAGGUCUGAGGAACUUGCAGGACGCUCUCGGUGAUGUGAUAUCAGUGACUGGUUCUGUGUACGAAGGGAUCUGUUCGUUGAUGGAGAGCGGCCGAGGUGUUCUGGACAGUUUGAAGGAGGGACUUGGAUCUGGCCAGAAGCGACUUUGGUAUCCUGCUGUCAAGGCUGCCUAUGCUUUUGCCCAGGCUGGUCAGCUCAAGGAUCUGAAGGUGUUGAUAUUUGAAGUUCCUUGUCGCCGAGACCCUUUGUUUCAAUGGGGAAUAUGCCAGCUAUUGGGCGAGAUUGUUGUUGAUCCUGCAUGGGCUGUCUCUGCACGCCAACAAUCCGUCUCUCUCCUCGGUCAUCUCUGCCAGCACGAUCAAGACUGGGGUCAGGAUGAGAGCGUCAGGGCAUGGAUGCUCACCAUCAUCACGAAACUGUGCGCCUCCUUUGACCAAGCCAUCAGUGAGACCGCCCACUACACAAAAGCCCUCAGCUUUGCGGUCUAA